AUGUCCGACUCACAAGGCCGAACAGUCGUCACCAUAUCAAUCAUAUUCGGCGUCCUCAGCGUCAUUGUCAUGGCUUUGCGCCUCUUCGCUCGAGUCAUCAUACUCGGAAAGAUGGGUCUGGAUGAUGGUGGGUUCGCCGUUGAGAAGCCGUGGUCUUCCGCUGACAUGGAGCAGCUNUUGAUAUGUGUCGCGGCUCUUCUCUCAUGGGCUUUCAUCGUCGCUACAGUAGUUGCGGUUCACCAUGGCCUGGGGUCACACAUGGACGAAGUCAUCAAGAUGGGCACCACUAACAUGAACAGCUACGCAUACNNCACCUGCGUGUCGUCUAUCAUCCGAAUCACCUAUAUUCCGGGUAUGCUCUUCUCAGCAGACCAGACCUGGACCAUCUCAGGACCAAUGUACUGGAGUGUGAUCGAGACCAACGUCGGGAUUCUGACCGCAUCGAUGCCGGCAUUCAAGGCCAUAGCCAAGAAGUAUGCGCCCAAGCUAUUGGGUGGAUCCUACGACUCCAACCGAUACCACUCACGAUCAGCACACGUCAAAGCAGGAAGCAGCGGCUUCCGCAAAAUGGGUGGUACUGCUAGAAGUAACAAUCUGGCCCUCGACACUAUCGACCGGGAUCUGGGUAUGUGCAAAGGUCGUUUCGAGACAACCAUCAAUCAGGACUCAGACAGUGUGGAAAGUGAAGAAGUGGCACUGCAUCCGCCAAACAGGAUUGGCGUCACUAGACACAUCCAUGUCGAAGGAGAAUCUAGAAGUGUUUUCGAAGAGAGAAGGAGUUCUCUCGGCUCGCACAAGGAUCAAAGAGAGCUCUCUUGA